AUGAAGUCGAAACCUCUGAAAAAUCAUCCAGUUACAUUUUAAGCACACAUUUUCCGUCAAAAUUGUUCCAGAAAAUCCACAAAAACCAGGAAAAACCACUAAAAACAACAUCAUCUGGCACGCAUCCAGUUCUGCCGUCGUCGCCAAAUUCUAGAAUCUCCCCCGCGCCACAAAAGCCCGUCGAAUUCGCAACGCACUAGGGGAUAUCGAGGUCGCCCCGUGUGUUCCGCUCAUCCCAAAACCGACGUUCCCCCCUAUCAACUUCACCUUCUUCUCUCUAUCUCUUCUACUUACAUCACUUUGUCAGACUUUGACAAAGGACAGGUUCUCCGAUUCUCCGUUUCUCUUAUCUUCAAAACAACCUCUCUUUCAGAGAAUGUUCAUCAAUAAAUUGAUAACCCUUUGUCUCGUUUUAUCAUGGGAUGGGGCAAAUGUCGUGGCGCAGAGGAAUUUUCUCACGAAUCGACAAGAAGACUUGGCGUAUCUUUGUGAAUCACUCAUUUGCGACCCGCCCAAGACUUGUAUCAUUUCUGAAGAGGUACUGUGUCAAAAACUGUGUUUAAGGCAGGUUUAAGUGGGGAAAUCGGUGAAAUACACAGAAUCGAAGCCUUGAACUCAUUUCAAGACCGUAUACAGUACCGCUCAAAAGUAUAUUAAGUUUUGGUUUUUUGAGGAUAUCUCAGCGAGUACUUAUCCGAUUUAUAUAUAACUUUCAGGGAUUAUGUAAAAUAUACUUUGAAACAUAUAAGGUAUACAAAUACAUGUCCGCAAUCACUGUGACGCUUUUUGGGAAUUUUUUUUUGAAUUCAAUUUUUUUUGUUUUUUAUGCUUUUAAUUUUUAUUAAAUUUUAUUAAAUUUUUUAAGAGUAAUAAUGUUGCAUUAUGAUUUUUUUCAUGUUUUCAGACAUGGGAAGAACCUCUGGAAAAAAGGAUUUGACUGAUAAUGACAAAAGAGCCAUCGUUGUGGGUCGUCAAAAUGGACUGACCAUGAUGACGUUGGCAGGAAUGUUCGGCGUGACAGAGGCGUUCAUUUCUCAGUUCCUAAAACGUUGGAAAGCUCAAGAUGGCUCUAUUAAGAGUCAACGCACUGGAAGACCACGUGUCACGGAUCUUAAUGACGAUAGAAACAUUUUGAAGACGUCUAGAACCAAUCCAUGACUCCCCGCCCCUGCGAUCAGACGGGAAGUUUUCUUGAAUGUGGUCUUCCAGUGCGUUGACUCUUAAUAGAGCCAUCUUGAGCUUUCCAACGUUUUAGGAACUGAGAAAUGAACGCCUCUGUCACGCCGAACAUUCCUGCCAACGUUAUCAUGGUCAGUCCAUUUUGACGACCCACAACGAUGGCUCUUUUGUCGUUAUCAGUCAAAUCCUUUUUUCCAGAGGUUCUUCCCAUGUCUGAAAACAUGAAAAAAAUCAUAAUGCAACAUUAUUACUUUCAAAAAAUUUAAUAAAAAUAAAUAAAAAUAAAAGCAUAAAAAACAAAAAAAAUUGAAUUCAAAAACAAAUUCCUAAAAAGCGUCACAGUGAUUGCGGACAUGUAUUUGUAUACCUUAUAUGUUUCAAAGUAUAUUUUACAUAAUCCCUGAAAGUUAUAUAUAAAUCGGAUAAGUACUCGCUGAGAUAUCCUCAAAAAACCAAAACUUAAUAUACUUUUGAGCGGUACUUUACAUGUGUAAAUCAGACUGAAGAAAAAAAAAAUGAAAUAAUAAAAAUCUGCUGAAACUCUGAAAAAGGUAAGAGUUCCAGGGGUACUUGUUCCUAGUUAAAGAGGUUCAUUAAGUGAUCAUUUUUAGUGCGAGAUGAGCUAAGUGGUCACUUUAGGAGACCAAAACUUAUUAUUUUUUGUAGUAUCCCACAUUUUCCAUCUCUUCCAAUGAACACUUAUAUUUCUGACGAUCUAGGACUCUCCCCUGUUUCCAACUCGCUUAGGUGAAAUUCGAAGAACCUCAGAUAACUUGAAUAAAUUCUAUUAUGCCUAAAAAUCUCCGGAAUCCUGUAGUUUUAACCUUAUUUUUCAAAGUAUGAAAUCAGUUUCCAAUCUCUUCAAAACUUGAGCUUAGAAUUAAAACUUCAACACAUUUCCAGGUGGCCCAAUGCCUCCAGCCGCCCGUCACCUCUCCACCACCAUUCGGCACAAUAAACGGUGGUCAGCCUUUGCCAGGUCCCAACUCGGCUUCUUCGAAUUUCGGCGCUGCUAUUCUACAGCCAGGACCACCGCCUCCACCAGCCGUACCACAAGGCGGUAAAAAUCACUCUUAACAUUUAUCAACGGAGCGCAGAUUUAUCAAAGGAGCGUCAGCACUCUUAAGUGGUCCCUGGGAAAAAAUACACAAAAAAUGUUCCAGGAUUCCCAAACAUCGCCGUGACAGCACCUCCUACAACUACAACUCAAUCUCCGUUUGCUCCACUUCUUUCCUUAUUCGGGGCGGCUCCAGGUGGGACACCACCUUCGAUUUUGCAGGUGAGAUUGGAAAACAUUCCCUUCUCGAAAACGUUCAAAUUGUGAAAUCUGAAAUUUUCUCUAGGCGUUCACACUUCCACCAUUUCCAUCGCUUCCAACACUCCCACCACUUCCACCAGCUCCUGCAGCUCCAACAACAACGACACUUGCUCCAGUCGACGUCUGCUCCUUGCCGCCGCUCACAGGAACUUGCAGCAGGGCCAGAAUCAUGUGGUUGGUUUUUUUCAAACCCCCCGCAUCUACUAUCUCACAGGGCCUCAUAG